AUGUUUUGCAUAAAUACUCCAGCCUCGGCUAACGGCCGGUCUCCUCCCUCUUCCUGCGUCUCCCCCGUCUCCCUUGAAUACAUAAAUUAUCUUCAGGAGGAGUCUCCUCCUCAUUUCUACUUAAACAGGUUCCCAUUGCACAGCCUGCACUCGUACAUAGUUACAUCCCUCCAGCCAUCCCGCUUACCAUCCUCUGAUCGUCCUUGUAGUAUGCGCUUCUUGAAUUUAUUCGGUAGCCUUGCCGGCCUCACCGCUUCGGCUGCAGCUUUCACCAUCAACUCGCCCUCGGCUUCGAGCUACUGGGUCCAGUUCGCGACCAACACCAUCGCUUGGUCCAAUGCUCCCAAUGAUUCUCCGCAAGUGACCUUGCAGAUUGUCAACAGCAACCAUACCCUGCUCAAUGGAGUUUUUUCGAUCGCCGAAUAUGUCCCCGCUGCCCUCGAGGCCUACACUGUCACCAACGUGACCCUUGUUGUUGCCGAUGGCUACCAGGUCCAAAUGGUUAACCCCGCCAAUAGCUCCCUGGUUUACGCCACUUCUUCCCCGUUCUCGGUCAAGUCCAGCGACACCCCUCCUGCCCCUGGUUCCAACAUAAGCCCCCCCAGCAGUUUGUCUGGUAUGGGUGGUACAAACGGCGACAUGCGCAACAUGACUGGUAUGAGUGGCAUGCCUGGAAGUGCCACCAACGGCCGCCCAGGGAACACCACCGGGUUCAACAACAACAGCAACAACAACGGUACCGCCAACUCCAACGCCCGAUCGGAUGCCUCCAGCGUGUACUUGUUCUCGUUUGCUACUUGGUCCAUCGUUGCCUCGGCGAUCGGAUUUGUAACACUUUGA